CCCUGGACAGCCUGGGGCGUCUUGGCCAGUUGUCGGAGUUCGGCUUUGGGCUGUGGUGUGUCUGCUCCCUUCUCAUCUCGGUCCGGCUCUCAGUAUCAUGGAGGGGGUUUCAGCGGUGGUGCCUGGCUUCUUGGCCAAGCUCUGGGCUCUGGUCGACGACUCGAGCACCGACGACGUGAUCGGUUGGAGCCGGAACGGCCAGAGCUUCUACAUCUUGGAUGAACAUAAGUUUUCCAAGGAACUGCUUCCCAAGUACUUCAAACAUAACAAUCUCUCUAGCUUUGUCCGCCAGCUCAAUAUGUACGGCUUUCGAAAGGUGGUUGCAGUGGAUAGUGGGAUGGUCGUCCCAGAGAAGAGUGCAACUAUCGAGUUCCAGCAUAUGUUCUUCAAACGAGGGGAAGCAAACCUUCUGGAGAACAUCAAGCGUAAGGUGUCGUCUGGGAGAACAGAGGAUCUCAAACGGUCUGAUGACUUGCAGAAAGCUCUCGCUGAGGUGCAGGAGAUCAAGGAGCAGCAGAUUGGCAUGGACAGCAAGCUGGCAAGCCUGAAGAGGAAUAAUAAAGCUCUCUGGAAGGAAGUGGGCAGCCUAAAACAGAAGCACAGCCAACAGCAGCAGCUAUUAUCAAAGAUCUUCCAGUUCAUACUUGGUUUGAUGAGAGGAAACUACAUUGUGGGCGUCAAGAGAAAAAGGUCAUUGCCAGACGUGUCUGGUUCCCCGCCUUCGAAGUUCAGCCGCCAAUAUGUGCCCAUCCCCGUGGAGAAUGGGGAAGCUGUGGAUGUGUUAGACCCUGGUUCUCCAAUUGUCCAGGACCCCAGUGCCUUCAUGAUUCAAGACAUCACAGCUUCUCUGGAUGACUUCUCCAGUGGUCUUGGGGCCCCAGGUCCAGCUCCCACUUCACUUUUGUCUCCAACUCUUUCUAUAGAUCCAUCGAGCCUCCUUGAAGGGAGCAACCAUCUAUCCCCAGUGCACGUGAUACCAUCAUUCGGGUUGGACUUGGAUGUGACUGACUGCCCGCUUCAAAUCACUGAGGAUUCCCUGGAGUCUGACGAUAUUGAGGACCUUCCUCUGGAGCUCCAGUCCUCCCAGGCCAGUGACUCUGAAGACCCCGUGGCGGUUAUUGACUCCAUCUUGAAUGACAACCACGUAUCCACCCAGACUGUUGGCUUUUUGAGCAGGAAUGAAAUGCAGGAUUUUCUGAAUUGUAUUGAAGCUAAUCUGGAGGAGCUGCACUCUAUGUUGUCUGCAAAGAAACUAACUCCAGGCCCAGAGCUCAUGAGCGAGAUUUCAACUCCUGAGUUUCCGAUCCUGAGCAUGAAUGAAACCGGAAUCUCUUCCAACAUGGCUGACACCCUGGCUCCCACAAAGAGUGCUGAAGAAGGUGGAAUGACCAGUGAAUUUGGAGCUGAUGGAAGUAAAGACAUGCAGCUGGUCCAAUACAUGGGCAACCCUCUGCUUUCACUAUUUGAAGACCUGCCUUCCUUUGAAGACAGAUCCCAAGAUGCUAGAGACCUCCUCCUGGCUGACCUGGAGGAUGAGGAGGAUAUACCCACCUACUUAGAGGACUCUGAUGAUCCUCUCUGCCUGGUGGCACCCAGCCUGUCAGAUGAUUAUGAGAAUCCGCUUGAGUCUUUUGAGACCCCACUGCUCUCAGAAGACCCUAAUGGAGAGUACAAGCUGUUCCCUCUGUUGCUUCUCAGCCCUGUGGCUAACUUCAUCGAAGAGGCCACAGAAAUCGAAAAUACCACCUGAGCCCCUGGGGCUCCUUUCCCCCUGCCUAGCUUCCUCCCCAAGUAUGAGAGGCCCCACCACCAUCUGGGGCUCUAAGUCACUAACCUCCUCACACUGUCAAAGGGCAGGCCCUUGGGAGUGUGAGGAAGUUACUAGAAAUCCCAUGUCAUCUGGGAUUGAAGUCUAGGUGAGGAGGAAGGUGUGGGAUACAUUGGAGGCAGGGGGAGGGUCCUGUUUGUUCCAAGCCAAAGUUCUAACCUGCAAUUCUUAGGGUAUGCUGUUCUUGUAUAGGUGAGAAAGCUGUGUUUAAGAUGUCAUAAACUAGGGCUGUUUUCUUUUGUGAUCCAGGGACUAGAGCAUUUGCUUGUGCACCGUGAGAUCUCCCAUCCCAGGAUCCUCCUGGGCCCGUUUGGUCUGUUAUAUAGAAGCAGGUUAUUUUUCUGGUACUUCAAAGAUAGAACAAAGCUUUUUUUUUUUCUCCUCAAGUUUGCAAGUAGGUUUAUUUGCAUAGCCAUGUGUUACCCUUUUUCUAUUCUUAGACUAAAAUCUAGUUUGGUUAUUUACAAUUUUCUUUUCCUAUGGAAAACGGAACUUUGAAUAAGGAGUGUCAUUUUUACAUAUGGCUGCCCCAUUCAUUGCCCUACGAUCUGAGGGUGCCCCUUCCCUGGGGCUGAGCCCUACCUACACAUGUAUGGCCUUUUAUAAGAACCCACAGGAGUCAGGCCAAGACCGAUGCCAAGGUGGGCUCCUGGACUGUUUGGGGAAGCUGACACCGUUUCUUCAUAAGCUAAUUGCCACAGAACAGUCCCCACCGCCCCACCCCCCGAGAUGCCAAAUGAAAAAAAGAGAUGCAUAAGGCUUCCUGAACUCCCUGUUCAUCUUGUCCUGCCUGCCCACCCACUCCCUCCACUCUAGCACCUUAGCCAGGUGCUAAAGCCUUUGCUUUAAAAUUGUGCUUUAGGAGUUGGGGGGGAGGGGCGAGAAGAGGGGGGCAGCACUUUUCCCCAGUAUCCUCUUUGCUUUCUCUUUUACCUAAUGAAUCAAGUACCAAAAAGCCAGUAGCAAAAUUAAACUCGAAGACUAUCUCAUUUUUAUUUAGCACAUAUCUUAAACAUCGAAGAUAUUUAAUAUUUUGCAUAGCGUGCAUUAUGAGAAAUAUAAGCUUCAAACAAUGUCUGCUUUUUAGGGAAUAGUUCCCCCCACCCGUUUUUCUCUGUUAGCUUUGCUCUUCUAGUCCCGUUCUUUGGCUUGCUUUGGUUUUGUAGCUCUCUUGCUGCUUUCUGUAUACACUCUUUGAUGUGCUUCUAGUGCCUUCCCCAUAUAAGAAUAGCCUGUCGGGGAAAUUGUAUUUUGGCAAAUAUUAGAGUUCCCAGCUGCAUCGCCUUCCAAACGGCAUGCCUUCAUACAAUGCAUACAUAACAAGCUAACAUUGUCUUCUUUCUGAAACAAAGACCACAGGUUUUGAUCCACAGAAAAGUUCGGCUCGGUACAGUUGGCACAGUUCACACAAUGACAAGAUGAUUGUCUCCUGCCGUGUAGCUUUAAUGCUGUUUCAACUUUUUUACACAAGGUUAAUAAAGAAUUUCACCAACA